GUCGACGUAAAAAGCUCGACGCCCCUCUAUAGCACCUCCCUACCGACCGCGUUUUUUAUCUGUGCUCCUUUUUCUUUUUUUAUAUAUUGACAUGACAAUGAGGCAAACAGCUUAUAUGUUUUUUUAUAUAGCUAAGGUACUAUGAACAAGAAACCUAAUAUGAAAACUCAUUAGUUAAGAAGUAAGCACAGGUAACUUAAUUAUAAGUAACUGUCAGCUGUUGUAUUAUAUUUGUUUAAAACAAAUGAUUAGCUAAUCAUAAAAAAACCAUUUAAUGACAUACGCAAACAAAACAUAAAUAUCGCAUUAGGAGAUCGACAUAAAAGGCCGCCCAACGAUCUCAUUUCCCUACAUAAUAGUAUUUUAUUGUCUAAUAAUAACGCCUAUGGUUUAUUACAAUAACAACUAUCCGAUUUUUUUAUUAUUAAUAUUGCAUAAACAAUAACUUAAUAACUGGGUCCCCUCCCCGCGGUAGCUCGCAGCGUAUUGGUGCGGAUGAAAAUAGGCUGUGGGGGUAUGAAAGGGAUGGACGUAUCCCUUGUUAGCGCUCUCCCUCUCACACCAGAAAACUCGUCGCCUUCCAAUGUGGAAUACAUUUAUCGAUGUUUGGGGCAUAAAAAUUGACAGAUUUUUUUUCAGUUCAUUGUGAGAAGCCGUGCCGGCCGGUCACACCGUUUUCGGCGCGCGUACUGAAGGGUUGUCCCAAAAAACACUUGGCACUCUUACGUGUUUCAUAAAUAAGGCAGUACUUUUGAAGUGUAACUCGUGUGAACUUUGGAUGCAAACAUUAAAUGUGUUGUGUUUUGGAAGUUUAAUUCAAUCGGUUUUUUUAAUUAGUGAGAAAUGUUGAGCUGCGCGUCGCCCGCCGGCAUAACGCCCGCCCCUCAUUCCACUCACACUCAGCCCUGGGGCCCCUUACUGCAACCACCAACAGUGAAAUCUGAACCGAUGGACGAAUCGAGCUUCGCCAAGGAGCAGCACAGCGGCUUCUACUCGGAAGGGUUCCAUAGUGCUUCGCCGUCGUCAUCCAGCAAGGACUCGAACGGACAUUCGCCCCGCAGCGUCGGCAGUUCAGGCGAGCCCCUACCUUUCUACGAAAACAUGCCGCUCAAAGCUAAGGCCAACUUGGGUAUGCAUUUAGACGCAUAUCGCAGCGGCAUGCCGUACAAUUUACUCACGCCGCCAGGAUUCGAGCCGCGUUCGAACGACGGCCGCGAACCCUCGCCUGGAUAUGAAACACAGUAUUCACCCCGAAAUUUGGCUCACCCGGCGCAUGUGUCUACACCCUUGGCGCGUGCCGACGCCACACCCCCCAAAUCUCCAAGAACACCCUCAUCCCCAGAUCAUGAAAGCGAAAGAAGAUCCUUUGAUCGCUUUCAGGACUCUGGAUUUGAUGCCCAAAAUAAACAAGAUGGCGACGACGGCCGCGAUGGAUCCGGUCUCGAGGACGACUUCGAUGAAGAGCCCGGCCUUCGAGUCCCUGCGGUCAAUUCCCACGGAAAAGUGAAAACAUUUAAAUGCAAACAAUGUGAGUUUGUCGCUGUUACUAAACUAAGCUUUUGGGAACACAGCAAAGAGCACAUCAAGCCAGAGAAAAUGCUUUGUUGCCGCAAAUGUCCCUUUGUAACCGAAUACAAGCACCAUUUGGAGUACCACAUGAGGAAUCACAUGGGCUCCAAACCAUUCCAGUGUAGUCAAUGCUCAUAUUCGUGUGUCAACAAAUCGAUGCUCAAUUCACAUCUGAAAUCACACUCGAACAUAUAUCAGUAUCGCUGCGCUGACUGCAACUACGCAACGAAAUAUUGCCACUCCUUAAAACUGCAUCUUCGUAAGUACCAACAUAGUCCCGCAAUGGUGUUAAACAUGGACGGCACGCCCAACCCGCUGCCCAUAAUCGACGUCUACGGAACGCGGCGUGGUCCAAAACAGAAACCGAUCUCUAAAAUGUUUGAGCACCAACAGUCGAUGAACAACAAUAACCUCCCACAACAUCCGCCUACACAUCCGCUGUUCGGUGGCCACUUCCCCGUGAACUUACCGAAUUUGCCUUAUUUACCGCCACUUUUACCUCACUCGUUCCUGUUCCCACCGAACAAUAACUACGAACCAAAAUCGCCUCCGAAACAAGCCGAGCCAAUGGAGAAAUCUCGGGAGCCGACUCCGCCGCCAUCUUUGUUGCAGCAGCGGUUGUCUUACGGUGAGCGGAUGGACACAAAUAUGUCAUCACCACCGACGAAAUCUCCAGUCAGUCUACCGCGUACUCCCCCCGCAAGGAGUGUGUCUCCCGCGGCGAACAAUGACGCCCUGGACCUCACGAACACCAAGAACAGUGAUGCUGGGUCACCUCCACCGAAUUCGGAACGGUCUACCCCAGCGACGCCUACAACAAGCCUUAAGAACAGGCGGAAAGGUCCGGCGUUCAAGCUGCAGCCAGCGGCAUUACGGCUGCAGCAUGAAGAUGAGAAGCAAAACUCGCGGGUGUCCGAAUCGGAAUCGGACGAGGAAACUCCAUCCACGACCGCAUCCAACACCUACAGCUGCCAGUACUGCGACAUCACAUUUGGAGACCUGACGAUGCACACCAUCCACAUGGGUUUCCAUGGUUACAACGACCCGUUCAUGUGCAACAAAUGCGGCGAGCGCAGUGCUGACCGCGUUGCGUUUUUCAUCCAUCUCGGACGCGCUCAACACGCCUAGCUGAAUUAAAAAAAAUUUUUCACCACUAGUCAUUGCUUGCUUGUAUGUAGGUUUUUUUUUAAAUAGCUGUACAAUAAAUAACUUUUAGGAACUUAUUUAAAAGUAGUAUAUAGGAGUAGUAUAGUCAGUUCUAAGCGUUGUAGGCCAAAGAGUCGUGUUUGAUCUUGUGAAUUAAAAUAUAUGGUACCUAGGUAGUAAAAUAAGAUAUUGUAAAUAGAUAGAUGGAUGAUGUGUAACUAAAUGUAGUAUUGUAAUUAUUUACGUUAGCCCUGUGUUAUAGAAUGUAAUUAGUUUCUAAAUUUUAUAGAUGUUAGAAACGAGUGACCAAUGUGUAAACAAGACUGUAUCUCUUGAUUAAGUACAAAAAGUGGAUGCAAAGUUCACUGGCACUGUCUUGUUCUUUUUUUAAGUACCUUAAUUACUGAUUAUUUUAGAAUAUCGCAUUCGAGGUAUUAUCACUUUGUGAAUGAUAAAGCUCUAAUGACAACCGUACAAUUGAAUGAAUAAGCCAAAUAAGCUCGCUUUUUAAACGAACGGUGAAGUUACCUAUUAAUUAUUUACAGAUAUAACGAGGUUUGUGUAGAGCAUAAAAAAAUUAGCGAGUAAACUAUUGUAACGUAUUUUUAGGCGAAUCAGAGUGUAUUUAUAAUAAUCGCAAAGAUUUAUAUUAUUUAUUAUUAUCCUUAAUAAGUACGUAGGUAUACGUGUGUAUUGAUUUGUGGAUCUGGAAUCUGAUAUAAUUUUACUUGCAUGUAGUUUUUGUAGAGCCGAGGCUAUGAUGCUUAGUUACAUUUACAAUACGGAAAUAUAUUAAUUUUCUACAUUAUAAAGACUUAAACGUUGUUUAGAACUCAACGUUGAAUUGUAACAAACUUCUUGGUCUGGACUAUGCGUUAUCAGGAGUGUGGUUUUGAUUAAUUUAAUUUACAUUUUUGUGCUUUGGUUUUUGUUAUUUUAAUGAUGGGGUUUUCGCCUUCUAUCCUCAAACUAGAUUAUAAGGCUAAUUUGUAUUAUGAAUUGCUAGAUUGGGGAUAUGCACUUUUUGUUAAAUCGGUACCAUUAAUUGAAAUCGCACUUCUUGUGAUGUUUUGUUUUUCCAUACUGUUGAUAAACUUGUUUGAAUAAACUUGUAAUCUCAAUUAUGUUAAAUUUAUAUUUUAAAUUAUUGUACCUAACUCAAUUCAAGUUUGGAAUGAGUCAUGACAAAGAAUCUAUGUGCUGGAUACACAAAUAGAAAAAUACAAAAAUUAUC